UAAAAAAGUGGAGAGGAGUUAAGUUAUUUGUUUACUUUUUGCAUUAUUUAAUUACAUCUUUGAAUUUCGCUUAAACUUUUCUUCCACUUGAAUUUGUGUUGAAUAAUUUAAAAUUAAUAAACCAGAAAACUUGCUAUUAUUUUAAAAGAAUAAUGAAAACAAAAUGUAAAUGCAUAGAAUGAACUGCAAUAAUGCUCAUUCAUAUUUGAAUGCACAAUAUACUUGAUAUUCAAUUUUGAUGCAUUUUUUUAUAAUAAAAUAUAUUUUUCAGAAAUGAGUCAAUUAUAUAGAGAACUAAAGUUAUAUAUAAAUUGGAAUUAAAUUCCGAUUACAUUUCCGCAUUGAACAUAAAAGCAUGUUACUAGAUUUUAGAAAUUAAUUAAAACUGAUGAUGGCGGAAAAGGUUUAUAUUGAAAAUGUAUCUUCCAUAAGUAAUGCUGAUGAAAAUUGGAUGUUUACAAGUGGUAGAAAAAGGAAAUUAACGUCCAUAGACAGGUCUAUUGAAAUGGUAUCUCCAGAAAAUGUUACUAAACGACUAAAAUUAGAAGAAAACACAGAAAUCUCUGAUGUUGAGAUGGAUAAAAAUGAGAAAAAAGUUCUUGGAAACAAAAGUGAAAUGAUUGAUACUAUAAAUACUCGGACAUACAGCAGAAAAAAAUUGACAGCUGAAAAUCUAAAAACUAUUCUUAGGUAUCUUUUAGCGAAUAAUUCAGUUUUGACUAUGGUACAAAAUUCAUUGAAAUCACAAAAGGAAAAUAAGUCUCAGUUAGAAACCAAAGACCAGCCUAUAUCAAAAGUACCUGCAGCAAAAGAAAUCAACAAGUCACUUUGGCCUGCUUUAACUCCUAAAAAACCUGAUGAUGUAUCAAAAAAACUAUUGGAAGAAGAAUAUUCUGAAGAAAGUGCAUCUGAUGAAGAUUAUCAACCUAAUGAAGAAGAAUUAAGUGAUGAAGAUGCCAUGUCAUCUGUGAAAGUAGAUGAUUUGAACGCUUCCAAGAUGGAUGAACAUAUUCUGCCUGAUUCAAAACCUCCAGAUCAGUUAUCUGAUGAUGAAGAUGCUCUUGUAAUUGCUUUGCCAGAAACUGAUGUUUCCCAUGAUAAGGAGGUAGAUAAAAUUGCUCAAAGAACUAGAUCUAAAUUGUGUUUGAAUGACACUCCAUUAGAAACUAUUGAAUCAUCUUUUCAACCACCUGAUAUAACAAUUGAUAUGUAUGACACACAUUGCGAUGAUGCAGUUUGGAAAGAAUUUCUUUGUGAAUUUACAAAACCAUUGACUCAAGGAUCAGGUGUAGGAAGUGUAGCUGAUGAUACUGAGGAUGAAAGAGAUCCUGAGUAUAAUGUUCAAGAGGAAGAAGAAGACGAAGAUGAAGAAAUUGAUUAUGAUGAAAUUUGUGGAGAAAAUCCAUUAGAAGUUACAGGUGAUGAGGUAAAUGCUUUGAUGACAGAAAUUUUAGAAUUUGCGCAAGAAGAUAAAAGUCUUUUAGAACAAGAUUUCAGCUUUUUGGAAGAAUUGAGUGUAGCUUUUUCAGGAAAUGAAAAAAAUUCAAAUGAUAUACAAAAAGAAGGAAGCCAAGAUGUCUCAGAAAAAGAAAAAAAUGAAAAUGUUUCAAAAUUAGAAAACUGUUGUAACAAUUUAGAAACUGUCAUAGAUUCAAAGGAUUCUAAUGAAAAGGACAAUUUUAAUAAAUCAGGAGAACAAGAAGUAAUUGAGAGUCAAUCAGAGAAUGCACCACAUUCAAAUACAGAUGUGCCAUCAAGUCCAGUUAAAGUCGAAAAUGUAAGGAAAGAGUGGAUGAUUCCUGAUGAACGACGCCAAUUAGAAGAACAAAUGAGAAUGUAUGUACAGAUGCUUACUCAGUCUUAUUUGCUUUCUCAUGGAUUUUCAAGCCUGCAUUUUAUCAAUGCAUCAUCCAGGUUUUUCUUGUAUGAAAUAAAAAUACUUGCUUCUAGAGGUACUCCUAAUAAUCAACGAUCAGCAUUUUAUGCUCAUAAUUUAGAUGAUGCAAUAGAUAUUGUGAGUAAGUUUGAGAACUUGGCAGAGCCGGAGAAAGCCAAAAAAAGAAAAAUGAAUAAAGGCAUUCCAGAAUAUGUAAAGAAAGCUCUUGCUUCAAGUAAAGCUUUCAUAUACCCUGAACUAUUGCCUACAUUUGGAUUUUAUACUUUUUACCGUGGAAGCAAAGCAUCAUUUUCAGCAGCAGAAGAUAAUCUUAUUGCCUUGGGUUUAGAACAGUUUUCAUAUAUGGAAGAUCCUCUUGAAUGCAUUCAGAAGUUUUUGUUACCUACCAAAUCAAGAUAUCAAAUUAAGUGUCGUAUUAAGAAUUCGAAACAGAAAAGGGAUACAGAAAACCCCAUUGCUUAUUAUUGUAAAUAUAAAAAGCUUCCUGAAUUCAACAGAGUUAUUAGGAUUUUUGAUCCUAACAAUGUCAAAGCCCCAGAAGAAUAUCCACCUUCAGCUUUGCCUGCAUGGAUGGAACCCUACAGUGGAGAGAGUCUUCAAAAAAGAAUCAUGGAGAAACAAAGAAUUCAAGACAAAAGACCUAAGUUAAUCUUACCACGGAUGCAGCUUGCACCUACUAUUAUCCAUGAAUAUCACCCUCCAGAUCCACAAGGUAUCCUACAGCCAAUGAUUUGUAAAGUUUAUUCAGUAAAUGAAAACAAUGUUUCAAAUGGAAAUUCUGGUAUAAUCCUUCCAAAGAGAAUCACUAGGAAAAGAAAAAGACUUGCAAAGUAUCAGGUCAACAAAAGCACUCAGUAUCCUGAAUUACCUGAAGUUUCAUCUAAUUCUUGUGUCUCACAAACCAUUAAACAAGAACCUCUGUCUGAAGGAACUUCGGAUGAGGAAAGUAUUGAAAAUGAAAAUAAUUCAGAUUCAUCCUCAGAAUGUUCAUUUAAUUUAAAGAAUCCUAUAACUAAAAAAAUCUAUUCAUUAAGAAAACGUACUGUGGCAACAAAAAGUAUGAGUACAAAUCAUGAAACAUGCCAAACUGAAAUAUCUUUAAGUGCCACUACUCAGACUUUUAAUCCUGUAUCAGUUAAAGAGGAACCUUCAUCUAGCGAAAGUUCCAAUGAAGUACACAAUGAAAAUAAUUCAUCCCAUAAAAAGCAUGACCAGUUACACGUAGAGCAUUCUGCAUUAACUGAGCCCAGUCUUAGAAUUGUCACAUCACAUGGUGAUGAGAGUUCUGAUUCAGAUGAAGACAAUGUUAUAUGCAAUGAACUUCUUGAACCAAUUCAAAAAUUUUAUUGUGGUAUUAAUGAAGAUGCUGUUUUGCCUCCUGCAUCAAAUUCAGUACAAAAGCGUCUGCCAUCUGAUUUUAGUACAAUUCGGGAUAUCAUAUGCUCAGAAGAAAAAAGAAAAAAAGAUUUAAAUACUUGCAAAAAUAAAGUACGUUCAAAGAAGCCUGGUAAAUCUAAAAAAAACUGGAGCACAGAGGAAGACCAGUUAAUUAUUUCCAAUUGUCAAAAAUAUGGAAUUAACAAGCGUGCCUUCCGUGUAUCAGCAGAUGAAAUAGGAUCAAUAACACCUAUCAAGGUCAAACAGCGAUUUAUUUGCUUGUUAAAACUGCUUUCAGAGAAACUGAAAAAUGGAAGUGAAAAUCAUUAGUAGGUACCUUUUCAAGUUCUUAAAUUGAUUGGGAAACAGAAACCUUGUUCAUAUUGUAUAGUGUUCUAAAUUAUAUGUACAUAAUAUUCUUAUAAAAUAAAAAAAACCUCAAAGCUUUA